GCUUCGCCUCGCCCAUGUCAUCGUCGCAGCUCCUCAAGCUCCAUAGCGUCCUCGACGACACGUACUUUGAGGUCCGCGGCAAGGCGCCGUCCACGGCCAGCGGUAUCGCGACCACCUUUACGGUCGUCAAGGACCCCGAUCUAAUGGACAAGAUGAAGCUCAAGUCGGCGGCGUCGAGCAAGAACAAGGCCGAGCUCUUCGUGCGCAUUGACGUGGGCACGAUUACGAUCACGGCGCAGGGCGCGACGACCGACAUUGCGAUCGCGCAAGGCUGCACGGACGUGCACUUGCAGGGCCGGCGCAGCGUCCGCGUCGCGACGCGCCAGGGCCACGACCACGCAACACUCGCGUUUAGCGACCGCAUUUCGGCGGUCGAGUUUUGCGGCUGCGUUGGGCUCAUCCAGCACAUUGAGCACCUCCGCGAGCCGCGGUACCUCGCCGAGUCGCUCAACCAUGACGGGAGCAUGCUCAAGUACACGCGCUUGACGCUUGCGUUCGCCGAAGAGAUGUGGACGCUCGCCAUGUGGCGCGAACUGUGGCCCUACUCCAACGUACUGAGCGCGCUGCGGAGCGUCCUGGCCGCGCUCCCGGAUGCGACGAGCAUCCACCGCGUCCGCGAGAUCAAUGCGACGCUGGCCGAGGUCCAUGAACAGUUUUACGGCCACGCAGCGAUCAACUUUUUUAUGGAGAAGGACGGCGUCCGGUACUACCGCGCCUCGUACGUAGCGCUUCUCGUCGCCAAGGUCAAGGCGCUCCAGACCCACCUCGCCUUUUACAUGUAGUACAAGGGUAGCUCGAUAUUUAAAGGUGUAAUUUGCCACGCCAAUAGUGGAC